AGUUUUAUCAACUAACAUUCUUAAAUUUACAUUUACAAUGGAUUAAAAUGUAUACAUAUUAAGAUGCAGUCCUUCACAAGCAGCCUGCAGUCUUCUGCUCUGUGAAUGUGAAACUCUGAGCAUUCGGACUGGAGAGACCAGUAAAAUAAAAUGGCUUCAAAGUUCUCAGUGGAGGAUUUCUCCUGUCCUGUGUGCUAUGAAAUCUUCAAGGAUCCUGUUUUACUGCACUGCAGUCACAGUGUGUGUAAAGUGUGUUUGCAGCAGUUCUGGGAGACCAAAAGAUCCAGAGAAUGUCCUAUUUGUAGGACAAAGUCAUCUCUAGAUAAACCUCCCAUAAAUCUGGCCUUGAAGAACCUGUGUGAGACUUUAUUACAGGAGAGAAGUCACAGAUCUUCAUCAGGGUCUGAAACAGUCUGCAGUCUGCACAGUGAGAAACUCAAACUCUUCUGUCUGGACCAUCAACAGCCGGUGUGUUUGGUGUGUCGGGAUUCAAGAAAACACCCCAACCACAAAUUCUGCCCCACUGAUGAGAAAGUGACAGACUGUAAGAGCCCAGUGCACACUGCAGCAUCCAGAGGGGCUUUCAGGAGCACUGAUCCAUGUGGCAAAAGAUCUGGCCAACCUGAAGUUCAGAGUCUGGGAUGUCCAAUACAGUCCAGUGUUUGAUUUGCUCCCAGCAGCUGGCCUUUAAUAAUAAUGCAUCGUCCAUGUUGAGGCAUUUUCGUGCAAAGCAUGACAGUGCCAGAUCCUCUGUCCAAGAUGGAGGCAACAGCCGAGG